CCUAGCCCCGGAGGAGGGGUCGCUGCAAAGUCAGCGCUACCAGGCCCCUUCACCCCACGGUUGUCUUUUGUUCCCUCCUUCGCCAGAUGAGUUAGUCAUCAGACGAGUGAGUGUGUUCCGGGUGCAUACGCAUACUUGUGCUUGCUAUCACUCUCCACCCGUUCUGUCCUACUGGGCAGUCAUCUUACGGAAGCUGGCCUCUGUUUGGGGCAGAGGGAUCACAAUGGCGCUGACUAGGGUAGGUCGCAGUCUUCUAGUGCGCGCAGAGACGGGGCUAGCGCCUCUGUUUGUUCGCCGGGUGACAGUGCAGGCAGAGACUUCCACCGAUGGCGGCAGCGCCGGGGAAGCCAUGCUGCCGGUGGGAAUCAUGAAGGGGGAAAUUGGUGAAGUAUCCGGUGUGCCGAUGGAACACUUGAGGAGGAGGGUGGUGAUAUUCCAGCCGGCGAAAGUCGUCACUCAAUCUGGAUCGUCCAAGUGGAACAAGUGGAGGAUCACCUUUCUCUCAACGAAGAAGUGGGAGAACCCUUUGAUGGGAUGGACGUCUACAUCGGACCCAUUGGCGAAUGUGGGGGAGGCCGGUUUAUCCUUUGACAGUAAGGAGGCAGCCAUGCAAUUUGCAGAGAAACAUGGAUGGGAUUUCGAGGUCCAGGAGCCCAAGCAGCCAGUGAAGAAACCCAAGUCCUAUGCCGAUAAUUUCAAGUGGAGGGGUCCUGUACCRCAGAAUUGAGCGGAAYGYCGCGSAGGCAAAUCUGAUGCCUGCAUGUUUGUGUAAAUCCAUAAACCUGUUAGAAUGAUGCCUAUCGUAGUUGACGAUGGAUGUAAUCUAUAUGUAAUCUACGACUGUAGAUUAUGUGAAUUGUUCAUCCAUCGCUCAAGGCAUCACUUCAGCUGCUCAACACAAAUGGUACAUGCUACAUUAUACUAAUCAAUCAAUCCAGUGAGAAGCUGUUUUUCUUUGAGUGAUUACACCUAUUCCGGAUGAAUCAAAUCAUAAUUGUACUUUCCGUUUUUCUCUUGGGAAAAUCAUCAACUCCAUGCCCGAUUUGAGACAUAUCGAGCACAAUCCUAUGCUACACAAGAAACCCCUUCACCCACACUCACCCAGGCACACACACACAGUGGGCGAAAGUCCGACGAAACAGUCUGUUCGGUACAGUCAUGCUUUUUUUGAGUGUAUAACUAAUAUGACCACACACACACACACACACAGACACACACACACACAGACACACACACAGAGACAGACAGACAGACACAGAGAGAGAGAGAGAGAGAGAGAGAGAGAGAGAGAGAGAGAGAGAGAGAGAGAGAGAGAGAGAGAGAGAAGAUGAAGAUAUGCAUGGUGGGUUCCACGGUGGACUGGGAGUGGCCGGGAGUCCGGGACAGUUGGGGUUGUGAUGGGGGGGCAGUGUUUCUUCUUUGGGUGGCGGUUAAAAUGGAGAAAAUGAGGAACAGAAAAGAUUAUUGUAUUUGGAAUAUAUCCUGUUAAUUGUCAGGGUAAAACCAAUGGCAAAACUGCGUGACUGCGUGACUGAGUGACUGAGUGACUGCGUGACUGCGUGACUGAGUGACUGCGUGACUGCGUGACUGCGUGACAGAGUGCCAGUUCCGCGCUUACCGUCCUCUGAAGGAGGUGAGGAGUGCUGAGUGACUGCGUGACAGAGUGCCAGCUCCGCGCUUACCGUCCUCUGAAGGAGGUGAGGAGUGCAGUUCAGAGUUAAAAGCAGCAGGGAUGUCUGAGAGUUGUUUUCGGUAUCUUCACACAAAACACAUCGCACCCUCAUUAAGACUGUAUCGGGGCGGGAAGAUGGCAUGUAUCCAUCCAUAAUCAGGGUGCGUUAUGUUCGGGGGAAGACGGUACGUAUCUGGGGAUUAGAUGUUCCGGCUGGGCCAUCUGGACAGGUCGUGGCAUGGGUAGGUCUGAAAAAUGGUCCGCUGCUGGGUGGAAGUACCCUGACAAACGUGGCGACCGCCUUUUUUUCCUGACCCGGAUUAUCUGUAAUUGAUUCUGUAUGGUCUGCCGACACAGAAUUGGGGCGGAUAUUGGGCGUUCCUUGCUACCUAUGAAGUGGUAGUACUUUCAGAUUCCGAGGAUGGAGUCUUUCUCCAUGGUCUUUAUUUCUUCGACAGUUCUUCAACCUUCAGCUUUUCGAAGGCAUCCCCCUCUCUGCAAAUGUAAAGGGAGCCAUUCCACCCCCCCCCCUCUCAUUUCGAUAGCUUGCUUGCGAUGAUAAUUAGAGAACCCAGUCUCUGCGUUGACGAGGAAACAUUCUAGCUGUUGUUUUCACCAGGAAAGAAAUGCAUAUAUUUUAAAAAGUGUGGUGUCCUUAAGAUGUCAUCAUUGCACUGACUGGCCGCAGGUGGUGCAGAAUUACCUUGUUCUCUUCGUCUGGUUACAUCUGGAUUUGAACCCAGGACUGUGUUUCAAAAGUUCGUGGGUGGCACCAGCAGAUAGUGUCGAAUUAUCUUGUCCUGUUCAUGUGGUUACAUCUGGAUUCGAACUCAGGUCUGUGUUUCAACAGUUCGUGGGUGGCAGCGGCAAAUA